CUUGCUGUACAAAAAAGAAACAGAAGAAGUCGCGGAAAACAUCUUCUAGCACAAAAAAAAGUAAGUGUAGACCUUCUGAAAUAGACGACGAUGGUGAUCCACCGACAUUGCGGCAACAACUAGGGCUCAAUAACAAUCGCGGCACCAUCAUGGGCCAAGAGAUAUUUUCCCGCAUGCAUAUCCCUGAAGUGAACCGAUUGUUAAGGCCAAAAGGACGACUUGGUAAAUUAUCUUCCUAGGACGGAGUUUCGCAGGUUUAUUUCUCCACUGCAGGAGGGGAAGUAGAUGGAGAAUGAAUUAUCAGCCGCAGGCAUAGAGAGGGCGAACUCGUCUAAUGUUAGCAACGAACGCAUUUCGAGCCGCAGUCUAUGACCAGCUUGAGGGCAUUGUGGCGGAUAUUGACUGUAUCCCCUUUGCAAAAGAGCUUGAGGAGAAGUUUUGCCAUAGUAGUAGAGGUCCUUUCGUCGAUGACACUGACAUCGUUGAUGAAAAUACGCAAGGCACUACUGGUACAGGUAGCAAUGAGCAAGGCAUAUCAAGAACUUCAACUAGUAGGGAGAAUGUUGCUGAGGAAAAUGAAAAGGAUAGAAGUAGAACAAGCGCAAAGCAGCACAAGAAAAAGUCACACCGUUUUGAUUUUGCGGACUGUCAGCCGUUAAAAGUCGGAGUUGCAGUGGGCGGCGCGCAAGCGUCCUUGUUGUCUGCAGAGCAGCAAAUGGAACGCAAAGGCAGACGGCGUUCUUCUUCAGCGGAAAAAGACAAAAUGAUUAAGGCUAGCGGGAGCUAUUAUUUUGAUACAAUAUCAGAAGGAACAUGUAGCAGCUAGAGCUAUCUCAAGUGAUGAAUUUCCUUGCCGACCUUGAAGAAUAUCAAUAUCUUUAUCUAUGUCUAAUAAUGUGUAUGUGAUGUUGAAUAUCAAUAUGUCUAAAAAUAGAAUGAGUAAGAGUAAAAGCGCGAAGAAGAGCAAGUCAAAGCAGCAGACGAAAAUGGGGGAAAUGGAUGCGCUACUUCGAACGAUUGAGCCUACGACCUCAAUUUAUGUCACAGCAGCACCAAAAAGGAGAAGCAGCGACAGGGAAACUACAGAAGCAAGCCAACAUAGUGGAGGAACGUUAGUUGAGGAUGACGUCACGCUCACGAGUGGGGUCGCCCCAGCAGCUGAAGGAGAGCAGGAGUCAACUGGCGAAACAAACGACGUAGAGCAGGCGGCAGAGACCCGCCCGAACAUAGUAGUGCUAGAUGACGGCUCGGAGUUGGUACUGACAAGAGGCGAGGCGGCGAGAUGUGAGCGCUUCAUCGAGUUAGAGCUCAUGAUUAUUCCGUAUUUUGACGAUUCUUGAGUUACAGUUCCUCUUCUAGUUACACAUGUGCAUGUCACACAGAUUAAGUAUUUGGGAUUUGAUAUUGACUUUCCCAGUUUCGUAAAUAGAAGACUGUUGAUAGAGCAGUCUGUUUGUUUUUGAAUCUGGUGCUGAAGAUUGAAUGAUCUUGAUCUUGUACGAUUUUUGAGAAGUUUGAGUCCCUCUAAUCCUGGAACGCGAAGCGAG